AAUCAACCGAAGAGAAAAGCGCCACUACACAAAACUGCAAAAACCGCCUCUUUCACUUGAACAACAGCAGCAGCAGCAGCAGCAGCUAUGGGGAAAAGCGAUGAUUCCAUUCAGAGAAGGAAGAAUAAGAAGAGUAGAAAGAAGCAAGAUGACAAGGUAUCUAAUCGUAUCGCUGGAAUCAUUGCUGCUAAGAAACGUCGACUCUCCGGCAAACGCCGUAUGUGUGAGGGAAUGUGCUAUAGUUUACCUACACCUGAGGAUCCAUUCAAUGAGAGGCAUGGAAAAGUUGAUCCUGUAAAGAAGAAGAAGAAGAAGCAGAACCAGUCGAAAAAGGGCAAGAACCCUAUUAAGAAGACCGGUUUACCACAAAAUUCUGACAAAUUAAAGGAAGAGUUCCACAUGCAUGCUCCAUCUAAGUUCUUAAUUCUCUGUUUGAAAAACAUUCAGGAUGACCUUCAGCAGGAUGGAGCCUUCAGUGGUAGAGAGGAAAAGCCUUUCUUCAUCCAUACAUGGGGAAUUGAAUUCUGGAAAUAUUUUACCAGUGGCAAAGAUAUUAUUGGUACAAAUCAAGCCCAUGCUACAACUGAGCAAAUUGCUUGGGUUGCAGCAACAACUGCUGAUGCCAUAUCAAGAAAGGAGAAAGAAGGUCUAUCAAUUAGCAACCCCUACCUUUUAUUCCUUGUUCCCUCCCAAGAGAAAGCUGUCAAGGUGCGGAAAAUAUGCAAGCCUCUGAAAGCUCUUGGAAUACAUACAGUGAGUCUGCAUCCUGGUGCUUCUAUAGACCACCAGAUUCAGGGCCUGAAGAACUGUGAGCCCGAAUUUCUUAUUUCUACUCCUGAAAGACUUCAAGAACUCCUCUCACAUGGUGCCAUUAAAACUUCUGAUGUUUCUUUCCUGGUUAAAGGCUAGGAUUAUGGUGGCAGUCUCCAAAUGAUAGGCAUAGAUGUGACUCUCACAAUUCCUCUUCUCCUUUCCAGUCCCUACAUGAUAAAAUAUCGAAAAACAAAAAAUUUCUGUAGGUCUCUUUCUCCUCUCUCGUUUGGUUUAUUUCCAAUUCUAUGGUUGGCAUUACUCUGAUUUCCUCUUUCUGUUAAACUUUGAUGUUUUCUUGUUAUGAUCCAUUCAGAGUUUUCAACAUUUUCGCUUGAUUUUUUUCUUUUCUAAUUGUGGACAGAGCAUUUGGGUCCUGCCUUGUAUACUGGUUUUUUAAAAAAGUUGUAUCUUGCCUUUCAUGUAAUGGAGCUAGCAUAUCUUCUUUUGUACUCUUUGCAUCUUCUUGAUGCCGAUAAUGAAACAACUUACUUCAUCAAAAAAAAAAAAAGUUGAAUCUUGCCUUGUAAUUGAGAUUAUUCAUUGUUAUCUCUUGUGGAGAAAUUUAGGAUGUUAUACUUUUGGCAGUUAUGCCACUAUCAUGUAUUCUCUUAUUUGAUUAUAUGGUCCAGUCAGACUGGGGUUUCGAGGUUAUAUUCAUGAUCUCUGAGAUGGAUAUGCAAGAUGUAUAUAUGUCAUUUACGUCACUAGCAUCA